ACACACACACACACACACACACACGUACACACAGCCACCGGAUCCAGUGCACGUCCGAGCUUCCGUGGAAAGUUGCGUAAAGUGUCCCGUCUGACGCAGGGGGAGCUCCACCACAGACCGACGCGCACGGAUCGGCCAGUCCGGCUCCGAGCUCCGGGAUGGCGGCCGUGAAGGCUCUGCAGCAGUGGUGCCGGCUCCAGUGUGAGGGUUACCGGGACGUGUCGAUCACCAACAUGACCACGUCGUUCAGAGACGGCCUGGCCUUCUGCGCACUCAUCCACAGACACAGACCCGAGCUCAUCAAUUUUGAUUCCCUGAAGAAGGAAGAUGUCUAUGAGAACAACAAACUGGCAUUCAGGGUCGCAGAGGAAGAGUUGGGAAUUCCAGCGCUGUUGGAUGCAGAGGACAUGGUGGCUCUUAAGGUCCCGGAUCGCCUCAGUAUCCUCACUUACGUCUCGCAGUACUAUAACUACUUCCAUGGACGCUCGCCCAUUGGAGGUAUGGGGGGUAUAAAGCGCCCAGCUGAUGGUCCAACAGAUCAACCAUCGGGGAAGAAGAACCAGCCGGUGUCGGCCAAGGUUUUCCCCGCGUCCAAGCCGGCCAGAGAGAACAGCCCCCCUCCAGCCUCCAAAACUACCAGGCCUCCCCCUUCCCCAAAACAAAACAGAAACACAAAACGGGACAUUCCAGAUGAAAGACCUCAACAAACGGGCACUCUGAGUAACAAAUGUGUGUCCUGUAACAAGCAUGUUCACCUGGUGCAGCGAUAUCUAGUGGACGGGAAGCUCUAUCACAGAAACUGUGCAAAGUCACUGUCGCCUACAAACACAAACGCACCACUCCAGGAUUUACCCAGAAACACACCUUUUACCAGAUUCACGUCUUCUUCUUCUGAGUCGAGUAAAACCAGCACCCCUACCCCCACCCCUGCACCCAGACUGGGACCAACGUGGCUGAAAGAAAAACCGAAGACUCCUUCCACCUUCUCCAGCUCGCUGUCUCCUCCCCAGCCCACCUCAAGCUUCUCCUCACCCGCUAAAGACAGUCAGACAGCUUUUGUCUCCAAACCCUCGGCCUCACAAACUACCGUUUCCACUUUCACUACAACCACUUCUGUCACCGUGCCAUCUCCUGCCCCUCAGACAUCCACUACCGCAGCUAAAACACUCCAGUCCAAGCUCAAGUUCUUCCAGUCAGACAACCCAGUCAGUAAUGAAGAGACUAAAACAUCUACCAAGAACCUGGACAUGAACAGAGGGCUGAACGUGGCCCGUCAGGACCAGGAGGCCACAGUGGGUCAGGCUGUGACUGUGGUUGUAAACGUCGGUGGGAGGGAAACGAAUACGAGUAAAGCGGCCAAUGUAGGUGGAGAUUCAGGGAAGGUGAAUGACAGCAGCAGGACAAAAGCAGCAGCGGCAGCAUUCAUCUCCAAGAAACUGACCGAGGAGAACAACAACAACAACACAAACAAACCAACAUGGACGACUGUAGCCGCAAAAAAAUCUGACAAACCAGCCCAAGUGGAGACCCCACAGAAGGAGCCGGAGUGGGUCAGGGGGAGGGUGAAGCUGAGGGCGGACCCGUCCAUCCUUGCUGACCUGCCGACUCCGCCCACGGCCGGCGCACCGAACUCUGGUCAGAGUCCGUCCAGCAGGAGCGGGUUAACUGUCCGAACACCAGACAGAGGAGGCGUAAAACCCCGAAGUUCAUCACCCAACACCUCAGCAUCAGAGAACGAAUCACCUGCUGACUGGAGGUCAAGGCUGAAACCAGUCUCCAAAGACACCAAACCUGCUGCUUCUUCACUGUCGUCUCCCAAACCCUGGACUAAUGGAGCUGGAAAAUCCCAGACUCCAGAUCCUUCUGUCAGGCCUUCCCCUUCUCCUCAUCUUCCCAACCCGAGUAUUGCUGUCAGUCCACCACCUUCCAAAGGAUUCGUGAAUGGUCAGAAAAACUCCACUGAUAAUGGUACCCAGUCAAAGAUUACAAAGACUAAACCAGACUACAUCCCUAAAGAGGACAUCAUCAAGGAGCUGCAGGAGAUCGAAGAUAAUUUAAAUGAGUUGGAGAAGAGAGGAGUCGAGCUGGAGGUGAAACUUCGCCGUAGUGAAGAAGAGGGAGAAGACGACUCUCUCAUGGAUGAACUCAUGGUCGAGUGGUUCAACUUGAUCAGGAAUAAGCAGGUGGCCAUGCGCCGGGAGUCUGAACUGGUCUACGUAGGAAGAACUCAGGAUCUGGAAGAGCAGCAGCCGACUGUGGAGCAGGAGCUCAGGAGACUGAUGGAAAAACCAGAACAUUUAAAAACAGCCUGGGAUCGAAAGAGAGAAGAGCAGCUAAUGGCCAAACUGAUGGAGAUCAUCAACGACAGAAACGCUAUUGUUGAAGGUCUGGACGAGGACAGACUCAGGGAGGAAGAAGAGGACGAGCAGCUAAACAAGAUGAUGAUGAAUUUUAACAUCAAGAAGGAGCCAAAGCCGAAGAAGAAGUCACCCAUGUCCAAACUGUUCAACUGGGGAAACAAGAAGGAAGGAUGAGGCUCGCCUGCUAACACAUGCAGAUUUCUACUUUGAUGUGUUUUUUUUUUUUUUUUUUUUUUUUGCUGCUGCUGUUAUAGUCUUAAUGUCACCACUCUCAGCCUAUAAUUCAUGGGAUACAGUGUGUGUUGGUGUGUGUGAUCUGUCACUCUCAGUUCUUUCAGAAAAAUGCCCUCCCUCUGUCGACGGCAUCACUCAACAUCUGACGUUACACACAUACGACGUUGAGAGGUUAAUGAUUCACCAGCCGUCACGCGACUGGGUUCGUGCUCGGCUUGUUAGGUUUAAACCCCUUCUCGUCUUAAUCUGUCUACUUAAGUCUUCAACACACUCACACCUAAUAGCUCUGUACUUGUGUUAAAACGCUGGUUGUAAACAACGAGACUGAUGCUAAUAGUGGUUAAAGAGGCAGUCUCGUCGCAGAGGUCACAUGGAUGUUUGCUGCUUUAAAUUCCAAAUCACUUCCGACUGAACCGUAUCCCUUAAUUUAAUGUCGCUUCGUGACCCCGUCGUAGUCGAUUACUUGUUGAACUGCUUGUGUUUUUUUUUUUAAAUUCACAAAGGUCUCUCUGUAAGUGCUCUUUGGGGCAGCUUUUACUCACUAAAUUAUUUUCCUCAUGAUCACGUAUCACAUUUCUAGAAGCCAAAGGAUCAAAAAA